AUGGCGGCGCCCGGUGGGGAGGAGACGGCGGCGGGGGGGUUCGAGGCCUGGCUGGCGGCGCGGCUGGAGGCGCUGGGCCUCGACCGGGCCGUGUACGGGGCCUACAUCCAGGGGCUGCUCCGGGAGGAGGAGAGCGACGAGGAGCGGCUGGAGGCGCUGCGGGGGGUCCUGGCCGCCUGCCUGGAAGAAGAUCUCUUACACGAUGUUUGCAGGGAAGUAGUGGAGAAGUGGUCUGAAUCUCAGGUUGUUGACGCCACAGAGAAAAAAGCAGAUGAGAUCCAAGCCAUCGCUAGCAUGAUGGAGAAGCAGGCCAAGAUUGUGGUGAAGCCCAAAGAGGUCUCCCAGGAGGAGAAGCAAAGGAAAGCUGCUCUCCUGGCCCAGUAUGCCAAUGUGACAGAUGAGGAGGAUGGUGAGGACGAACAGGAUGGAUCGACUGCAACAGCAGUAAACAUGGGGUCAGAAAAAUCGCUGUUCCGAAACACCAACGUGGAGGAUGUGGUGAAUGCCAGGAAGCUGGAACGGGAGCUGCUGCGGGAUGAGUUCCAGAAGAAAAAAGAGCAAGAUAAAGUCCAGCGAGAGAAGGACAAGCUGGCCAAGCAGGAGCGGAAAGAAAAGGAGAAGAAAAGGACACAGAAAGGCGAGCGAAAGCGGUAGCUGCGGUUCUGCAGUCGGACUCUCAAGGGGAUAAGAAUACUUAUGAAUAUGGUGUGUGUUUAAAAAGCAGCAGAAGUUCUGGACACGUGGCUGGCGAGUGGCUCUUUGGAAGCAUUUGGGUUUUUUUCCUUUGUUUUAGUUAGCAGAAGAGAAAUUGCAAGCACCUCCUAAACUCGAAGUGUGCCAUGUGCCUGUGGUGUCAGUGUCCCAGUCAGUUCUUGUGGCCAGUGUCUGUACCAAAGAACGGUGAAGUGAUUAUGUCUGUGGUUUUAAAUUGAUUUGUCCUUCUUACCACUUCAAGCAAAGCAAAACACAGCGUAGGAGAGGGCUUCCAAACUGUGUCCUCCUGCCAGCCUUGGUUUGCAGCAACAGUUAGGAUUUGAGAACAGAGCAGAGCCCCUUUCUGAUGUGUAAUCAAGGAUCUGCUGCUACAGGGUGAAUAUGAGUUUAUUUACAGUAGCCUUGAAAAAUGUAUUCGCAAAUACAUCUAUUUCUGCUGCCAAGAACAGCGCUAGGUCACACUGUGCCUGUGCUGAGAGAGCAGGGUUGGAGCUCACCUCAGUGAAGGCAAGUGCUGUUCUGCAGUGAAAGAAAGGGAAUGAGAUGAAAGCCAGGAGAUCUGUGGCUAUGGGAUGGCAUCACCCACAGGUUCUCGGUCAGGUAAAGGCUUUGGUGCAGUGGUAGCAAAUUGGUCAGUUCCUUGUGCUACUUUAAGACUUGAUGCUGGUAGCUGGAAAAUGGUGCUCCCUGACACUGCCACUGCUCCGGCCAUUGCCAGGGUGAGUGGUUAAGCAUGGUGCAGUGCUGAGCGGCUGUGAGUUGGAUGCACAGGGUUUACAGGCUGGUAACUGGGUUUACAGGCUGGCACAGUUACUGCCAGGGCUGAACACUGCUUUUGGCCCCAAAGGGCUUGGUACCUGCUGCUUCCAGCCUUUUCUGUGCUGGUGUCACCCACCUCUGGAGAGGAGAACACUAAUUGCUGUAACUGAGCAUGAAAGAGCUGCAGUGUUCUCAUGAUGCGGUAGGAACUGGCGUGCCCAGAGCUUCCUUCUCUGGGUGCCGUGGGCUCCUGGUAGUCCCUGUUCCCAUUGCCUGCUUUCAGCACCAGUCUGCCUCAAUGGCCGUGCCUCCUGUUUAACUCGCUGCUGCAAGUGUAUCUAACUGCUUUAUCUUUGGACUUGAAUAAUAAAACUGGUUGGCUGAGAA